CCGCGGGCACUGCCGGGGAGGCUAUAUCGAUCGAAUCGGGUUGUUUUUUUCUUCUUUAUCGUUUAAAUGGUUUGCCUAAUCAAGGGGAGGAGGAGCAGUCGGCUGUCUAUAUAACAUCGGGCCGGCCGCUUGUUCUCCUCGACAACAUUCUCCUUUUCACCACCAUCCUCAUCCCAACCCAAACGGUCCUUACACACUCGCUCGCUUCCUUCACCCGGCACCAGCAAAGACCAAGCUCUUAAAAGGCUUCACAAUUACUCAAAAUGCACUUCUCCGGUCUCAUCGUUGCCCUCAGCACCGGCCUGGCUGCGGCCUCGCCCAUCGUCGAGAAAAAGGAUUCCGGGUUGUGCCCGAAGUGGGGCGGCCUCCCUGAGUUGUGGCAUGGCCUCGCUUGCUGUGGCUGGGGGAACGACCCUACGUCCUGCUGCCGGCUGCCGGCCGACACCGAGGGCGCCUACAAAGAUUCCCUGCCCUGCACCAGCGAGUGGUUCGAGACGGUCACAAAGUAUGUCCAGCUUGUCGACUGCAACCGGCCCGAGCCGGUCGGCAACUGCGCCGGCGUGCCUGUCCUCGGGAAGAAGCCCUAGAGAGGGGAAGGCGGUGCUAGGAUAGGCCACAGGGUUUGAGUGCCUCUGCAGUUCUCUAGAUAGAAACGUUUGUUCGAUGGGCAAAAAAGCCUGUCUUUUUCAAGCCGACUAUUUUGACUCAUAGCAACCUAAUCAACGAGCGUGUCGUCCGCAUGCACCAGAGUAAAUUGAUUUAUGUAGGA